AUGCUGCUCGGCUCCGAGUCCCCAACGCCCGUCACAGGACCCACGCACUGUCUCCUCGACUCGCCGCCUGGCCGCCUUCGCUCCGGGUUGAGUCGGAGCCCGAGCCGACCAACAUGGCUCCACGCUGCAGACAUCGGGCAUCCCCUCGUGCGCUGCAUCCCCAAGCGACCAGUCCGCCGAAACACACUCAACCUCCCACCUUCCUCGCCGAUCCCUAACCUCCUCCCACGGUCCUCGCCCUGGCUCACCUCUUCGUACGCUGACGCACACGAGGACGUCGAGAUGCCCCUCAACGACAUCCCGCGCCCGAUGUCGCGCAUGCGUCCGCCGACGCCACACCCGCGCUCCAGCUCUACCGUCCAUCCCCGGCCUGCACUCGAUGCCUUCGACGACGACACGUUGCCUGAUGACGAGAUCGAGGUUGCGCGCUCGGGUUCUUCUCCCAAAUGGUCACCAGGCGCCUGUGUUGUGCCUCCGCCUCUCGCUUUUCAAGGUCUUCUGAUGAACGGCUUGGAGAGCCGAGAGUCUGGGAGUUCUCAGCCCCCUUCUCCAUCGCACUGCAGCCCACCGCCUCCCAUUCUCUUCCCAGACAACAUCAGCGAAGGGUCACCAGAGCUUGCCACAUGGGACCUCGCGCGGGAUCAAGUCCUUCAUCAAAAUGGCGAGUCACUCUACGAUCGAUGGGGCUUUGCUAUGAUUCGAGGCAUGACAAGUGGCUACGAGCCAUAUCACUACAGCAGCAACCCUUCGUCCGAGAGCGUCAGGCUUCAGCGUCGGCGGCUGCAACACGCAAGCCCCAUCGAGUGGUCUCCAACUCCAUCCCCACGGCCGUCAGCAAGCUCGAAGGCAUCGCCCUUCUCCGGGCACAGUGACUCUAAGAGUGACACGCCGCAGCCAUCUCUCCCAAAGCGGAACGCGUGGCGCGGCGGAGAGCUCUACAAGGCGUGGAUUGGGGCUGAGCGGCGAUGGCCCGCUCCUCGUCUACUGGACGACGACGAUUCCGACAUCGACGAGACCCAUGAGGAGACGCGGAGGAAGGCGAAGCGCAAACGGAAGAGGACCAAAGGUUCACCGGCUGGUGAAUCGCGCGAGCUGUCACCUGACUCCCUCCAGCAGCGCCAAGCUCGGAUUCGCCGCUUUGAAGACAUCGACAACAACUAUCAGCUUCACGUGGAGCAUGUGCUAGGAUAGAGAGGACUAUUAGGCUGGAGAGGGCCGCAUUCGCUGUUGGGAGCUCGCGUGAGUUAUGUAUGUGAGAAGCGAUACGAAGAAGCAUCUCUUCCCCAGGCGGUUCUGGGAUCAGAGGAGCGGAGCGAUAGCUCUGCGAUGCAGCUUCGCUGCGAGUUCACUCGCAGCGUCGAACAUGCACCGCAACACUCGAGACACCUGGCGUACGGCCAUUCUCGGCGCG